AGAAUUACCAAGCGUGGAAGAAACCCUAUCGACCGGAGCGCUCGAACUCAAAAGGUGCAGGCUUCUUCUCUAUGUUCUUUUGUCUCUUUUAACUUUUAAUGUUUUGAGUGCAGAUAUAUAGAAGUUGAAGAUCUGCCUUGACCGUGAAUUCAAAAUAGUUCUUCAAGCAUGUCCCAAGGGAGGGAUAUAUAUAGGAGCCAAGUAAGGCAAUAUCAAACAACAUUGCCACCAGGACGGGAUAAGGAGCUUAAAAUAUUUUUCUACAGGCAAAGCCGCUUUUGGCAUGAUGAUCCUGCAAACUAUACUCAUGAUGAAUGUAUCUUGCAAGGUCGCAGAGCAGUUUUUGUCACUCACGAUUUCUUAACAAGUAUGACCAUGCGCUGGUUACUUCUUAGUGUAGGUCUUCCAUUAGAAGAACAGGCACCGAUUCUUGAGGAAAUAAUAACUCAAUUUGCUCGAAUGGCUGUCCCCGAGCUGUCUAUUACUGUGGUAAUACUGCACAUCAAAAUUCGCUCAUUAGGUAGUGUCGACUAUCAGGAUAUCAUUGAUUUUGUUGCAAGAGAACCGAUCAAUGUUAAUUUAGAUGCUUCCCCUAUUUAUGACACUCCUAUGCCUGCUUCUACGGUGUCCUUGCUACGAACAUAUAUGUCACUUCUUACUAUUCCUGCAUCUAGAUCCUCGAUUGAAGGUUUGAAGAAAGUGAGAUUCGAUAGUUUGGAAGAAGAUGUUAUCCGAGAGACUCCAACAUGUGCUAUAUGUAUCAAGGACUUUGUAGAAUGUGUUGAUGAACUGAUUACUAGUUUACCCUGCGCUCACCACUAUCAUGUAGAUUGCAUUGUCCAGUGGCUGAAGAGAGAUCACACUUGUCCCUUGUGCCGAUACCGAAUGCCACCUGCACGCAUGGACGAGGAUAGGGACGGGGACAGGGACGGGGACGCAGUUGAGCCAUCAAAUCCCUAACGGAGGCUGUCGGAAUCUCAAGUGUGAAGGGAGAGUUGAUCCUUCCGAAUGUAUUUUAUAGUAAUUUAAUUUGGUACUUGUUGAAAAGUUUCUUUUUUCAAACAAGAUUUGCAUUAUUCAGAAGAGAACUCAUAAUAAGUAGCAGCGGUCCCUAAUUUGUAUUUUGGGUUUCUUGUUUGGAAUAAAAUCCUUCUGAUUUGCUGAAAGGAAAGGAGUUUGCAUUGAUGCU